CAUACGCGUACCACCAUGGCUUACACCGUAUUUUUCGAUCCGUUGACUAUUAAUGACGAGUUGAUGGCACAGUUUAAAGUUAAUCCUACACAGAUCAAUCCUACAGCCGAGCGUCUAACAAUUCCCACGCAAUCUAAAGACGACAUUUUUAAUAGCAACAUUUCUCCAGCCACUGCCGCUGUUACUACGCCAACGUCGAGCGCAUCAUCAAACUCGGUCAAUCCUGUGUCGAUGCAAGAUUACUCUGGAAUGCAAAAAAAAGCCAACGAAAUGUUUGGGAAUCUAGAUGAUGGACAAGUAGAUAAAUUGAUGCAUGCAAUGACAUUGGCGGAUAAAAAUAAAUCUAUGAGAAGGCUUAUUCUGCUGCUUAUACGAACCUGUGACGAUGAUUCUUCAACGGCAAAUGAGGAAUCUCGUAAAGCGCUGCUAGAUGCACUCAUGAACAUUGAUGGAGCCAAUAGUGACGGAUUUGAGAUGCAAAACCAUCGCCGUGGCAAACAAAUCGGUACCGGAACAACUUCACAGGUCUAUCGUGUCACAAAUGUAACUGGCACGGAUGCAAACUAUACUAGCUAUAACGAGGCGGACAACCAACAAAUCGACGGUGAAAGCGCCGAGCAACGAACAUCAACGUAUGCAACAGAAGCUACAUCAUUGAUGCAGUACUUAGCUUCUGAAUCUCACGUUCAAAAUGAAAAUGAUCAAGAAGACGAUAUUCAAGAGCCCACAACUUAUACAACGACGACAUUGCCAACGACUCCUUUCCAGACCACUGUGGAUUAUACAACGACUGAACCAACAACCAUUACAACCGUGUACGAAACAACAACCACAUACUCGCCACAUACCUCGGUAGAAUCCUUAGAAUCGACAUUAUCCAAUUUCCAGCAAGUAUCACCAGAAUCGGUUAAUCAACGCUUCCAAAAAGAUUUGAGCGAUUCUCUGGGGUAUCCUUUUGCCGUUCAGAGAAAAAAGAAACAAGACACCCCGCAUCACUCUGAUACCCGUGCCUUAGAAUUACUCAAAUCUCUCUACACGUUGGCCGCUCGAUGGGGUUGAAACCG